GCAACUCAAUAAGGAGAAGAAGCUUCAACGUGAUUUGACUGCCCAGGAUCUGGCUACUGCCAGCUCGAGGAAUGACCAGAGUCAUGUGAUUUUAGAAAAUUCGGAAAGUCUUGAGGAAACCCGUCAAAAAGCGGACGCUGGAAAAGCAAAGACAUCAGAACUAGAAGAUACUGGAAAGGUCGACAAUUAA